UACUGUAUGUAUAUACACGGUACUGGGAGAAAGAUCACAUGUUCAUAUCAUCCAUGGCUACUCUACUAUCGCCCAGUGUCCUAUUCGUGAUUCCCUAUUACUCCUCUGCUGUCUCACCAUCUCAUCCACAUUUGCCGCCCAUCGCCGCCACCGCCGCCGCCGCCGCCCACGAUUCAUCCGCGCUCGGGGCAGGUGUGGCGACCUCAGUUCAGAAUGACAAACCUCGGGCUCGGAAGCUUCCACGGGGCGUGUACGUAAGCAUCAAGCGACGGACUUGGCAAGCCCGAACUUCAGCCAUGCGGCAUCACGUGUUGGACGGCAGCAGUCGGGCUCGGAUGGUUCUCGCCCGUCUGCCGAGACACUCGUGGCCCUGGGUGGGAAUCUCGUGACUGUCGGACGGUACCUUUGUGGAUACAAGGACAUAAUGUUCGUAUGUGGGCUUCGUAGGUGGAGGGAGACUCCCGUGGACUUACACAUAAAGUCGGCGAUAGCUUGGUGGAUGAGAAGUUGGAA